GUUGGUCAGUGCUGCUGUCGCUGUGUGGGUCUCGUGCCGCGCCUACCUGUGGAGGGGGGCGGGCGGGGGCGGUGCCGCCGCCACGGCGGUUCCUGCCUGCGCUCCGCUGCGCUGCCGCCCCCGCCGCGGGCCCGCGAUGCCGAAGCGCUCCUGCCCCUUCGGGGACGCGGCCCCGCUCCAGCUGAAGACCCGCGUGGGGCUGCGCGAGCUGAGCCGCGGGGUGCGGGGCGAGGAGUACCGGCGGGAGGUCUUCGAGAGGACCCGGCGGCUGCUCUUCCGGGGCGCCCAGGCGUACAUGGAGGGCGCCUGGCCCGCCGGCGCCCCGGGCCCUGGCGCUGUCAGCCGCUCGCCGGAGCCGGGCGGAGAGGCCCAGGACACCCGCUCGGGGCGCCGCUGGAGCGGGCAGCUGCUCAUCGGCCACGACGGGAAACUGCUGAGGCGCUCAGCGGCCAUGGAGAAGGUUCCACCAGUGGGAGUUUCCAAAGCCUGUUCCACGUGUGUAAGAAUGGCUGACAUCAAGGAGGCAUGUACACAGUGCGACCAGUUCGUAUGCCAGAACUGCAGCAGGCUCUGCAGCUCCUGUAACACAGUUACCUGUUCUUUGUGCUCGAUUAUUGAUUAUGGUGAUGUUGGUGAACAAGUUCUCUGCAAUGGCUGUUCAAUAUUUCAGGUCUGAAACUUGAUGAAAUAUUCCUUAGCCAUAAGAUGUCCAUAAAUUUCAUGAAGUCUCUUUGUGGCUCGUCAAUUAAUACUUUUAGCAUGUGAAUUAAUUAUGGAAUUUCUGUGUUUUAUAUCUUUAUAUGUACUUUUUAAUAUUGUAGCUAAAUAAACUUUUAUAUUUUGAGGAUUUA